AUGGAUAUUAUGAAAAAAAUUAACCCUAUGGUAAACAACAUUAAAAUUAAUUCAGUUAAAAAUAUUAAAAACGGUGGCCUAAUAGUGGGUUGUAAUGAUGUUAAUGAAGCGAAUAAAUUUAAGGAAAUAGCUGAUAAGGAACUGAAAAAUUACAAAAUUAAAGAAGCAAAUAAGAUCCAACCUAGAGUCAGAAUUGUCGGUCUUUCUGAAAAAUUUAAUGAGGAGAUUAAGCAGUAUUUAUUUUUACAAAAUAAGGAUUUAAUUUGCGAUCAAGCUACAGUUAAGAUUGUGGAAAUAAAAGCUUUAAAAAAUAAAGACACGAUUUAUCAAGCUUUACUGCAAACCGAUAUCAUAUCAAAAAAUGCUGAAACAUGGUUUUGUUCUUAUUGGGCUAGACAGCUGUAA